UUCCACAAUUGUAGUUGUUCAGAGUUCCAUUCCUCUCUUAGUCUCUAUUCUAGAUUAGAGUAAAGCCAUUGCAACUACGUAACAGCUCUUUCUCUUUGAAUCAGAACUCAAAAAGGAGUCUCAAAGUUUAUUCAUUCAUUUCUAUGGCGGACGAGGAGAUUGCUGAUACAAAAAAGUAUCUUGAGGAUUCUUGUCAACCUAAAUGUGUGAAGCCUUUAAUUGAAUAUCAGGCGUGUGUCAAGAGGAUUGAAGGUGAUGAUAGUGGUUACAAGCAUUGUACUGGCCAGUACUUUGACUACAUAUCUUGUGUUGACAAAUGUGUCGCGCCAAAGUUAUUUGGAAAGCUCAAGUAACAAUUGAAAUUUGAGGAUCUUCGUUGUUAUUCUUUUACCGUUUUGAACCUAUGCUUUGAUGUUGGUCGUGUUUUAUUUUAGCAUCAUUAUUAAAAGGUGUUAACUUGGAAUAAUUAAUAAAAUAAUUCUUAAUUUCAUGUUGA